AUGUCUCCAACCAAGGCUCCUCCCGUGACAUCGGCGACUCGCCAGUCUACCGCCACUGGCAAGAGUGGCGUUGAGAAGUCUCUCCGCCACACGCCGAUGUUCACGCCAUUCCCCAACUCCCCUCCUAGGGUGGUUCGAAAGGUUCGAGUCAAGGGGCCUCGCAAGACAGCUACCCAAAAUGCUGCCAUUGCCACUGCCUGUCCCACCAGUGGCACCACGGCUUUGAAGCACUCUGCCAAGGCAAAGAAGGCAAAGAAGGCGAAGGAGGUGAAGAAGGUAUGGGACCCAUCCUCGGAAAUUACAAAUAGCAAUACUAAUCUAAAGCGAAAGACCGCAAAGCCGUACGACGAGAAGAAUCUUCUCGCGUAUAGCGCCGCGACGAAGAAGCGCCUCAAUGAGGUGAAUGUGAUCUUCGGAUUGAAGGGGACGAAGGACAUCGUUGUUUUUGGGGGAACGCAUCUCCCAAAGAAGGACGGCUCCAAUGUGAAGCCAUGGCAGAACAUGUACUAG